AGCUGUUUUGUUUGAUUUUGUAGUCUCACCUUCAUACUAGAGGUCAUGACUUCGAGAAUGUCAUCAAGACCAUUGCGAGGUUUGACUGCCUUACUCGCGGCCCUGUGUGUAUGCAGCUGGAAUUUUGUAUCCUUCCCUGCCGUUCGCACCACGAUCGGCAAUGAGGUCAGACCCGAAGGGCGGGCAGUUUCGUCUGGCAAUUUUGCAGGCAAAAGCUUUUACGCAGGAACAAAGGCUCAGGAGAAGGCCGUGAGCGACACCUCUCGCUCGACAGAUGCUGUCUCCUUGGCGCUGGCUGCAGCAGGAUGCGCAGUUGCUAUGAGGGCUGCCUCUGAGGCUUCUGAGGGAGCGGCCAAGGAAGCGGUCGAGACUGAGACCAAGAGCAAAAGCUUUAUGGACAAGCAUGGCGUCGUGGUCUACAUCGGUCUGUGGUACGUCUUCAACAUUGGCUACAACAUCUACAACAAAAAGGCAUUGAUCUCCUAUCCCUUUCCGUGGGCCUGCGCUUUGUGGCAGAUGGCGUUUGGCUGGCUCAUCUUCGUUCCUCUCUGGAUUUUGAGGGUGCGGAAGGUCCCAAAGCUUUCCGUCUCACAAGCGGUCACAUUGGCACCUGCUGCGCUGGGCCAUUUGGCAACACACGUCGGAGCUGUGGUUGCCUUCUUUGCUGGUGCCGUGUCCUUCGGACACAUUGUGAAAGCCUCCGAGCCAGUCGUGUCCUCCUUCCUGAACUUUGCCUUCCUGGGUGAGGUCAUGCCCUGGCAAGUGUAUGCGUCUCUGGUGCCAAUCAUUGGCGGUGUGGGUCUUGCGAGCGCUUCUGAGAUGUCCUUCAACUGGUUGUGCUUUGGGGCUGCGAUGGGUUCCAAUCUGGGCUCGGCGUCCAGGGCAGUCUACAGCAAGAAGGUGAUGAAGGGGGACAUUGGUGAGAACAUGGACUCAGUGAACACAUUCUCUGUGCUGACCAUCAUGGCCACCUUCAUGCUGAUCCCCAUUGCCUUGGCCAUUGAGGGGCCAACAGCAAUGUUGAAGGGCUUCAAGCUUGCAUAUUCAGCGGGUGGACUGCAUUUUAUGCGGCAGAGACUUGGCGGAGUCUUCUAUUACAUGUACAACGAAGUAGCUUUCCAGGCUCUGGGCAAGCUGGACCCCGUGUCGCAUGCGGUUUGCAACACGAUGAAGCGAGUGGUGAUCAUCAUCACGGCCAUCUUCGUAUUCCGCAAUCCGGUCACUGGCAUGGGAAUCCUUGGCAGCUCCGUUGCCAUCGGAGGCACGCUUUUGUAUUCUCUUGCCAAGAACAAGUAUGCGACGAAGUGAGCAGUCCAUAUUUUUCCAUUGGUUUUCUCGCUUUUCUCGAGCAGCUGCAAACCGCAGCUGCCACAGUUUUUUUCUUUCCAGCUCCCUUGCAUGAAAUGCGGACUAACUAUACACUGCUCCUGCGUGAAAUGUGUCAAGCGCGAUA